GUACUAUGCGUUAUAGAGAGUGUAACGGACCAUUUACUGACAUUGCAAAUGCGUCUUUUUACACUUUCGAUCGUGACCAUGGUGUAAAACAAUUAAAACAAAACGUUUUCAUUUCAAACGGUCUGACGUGGGUAGGCAAUAAAUUUUACUAUGUCGACUCGUGUGUACAUGACGUUAAAGAAUUCGACUAUAAUAGUGAGAAUGGUGAAUUAUCAAAUGAGCGUAUCAUAUUCACGCUUAGAGAGAACGGAAAAGUACCAGAGUAUGUGUUUGAUGGUAUGACUAGCGAUGUUGAUGGAAAUUUGUUUAUGGCCACCCAUAAUGGUUACAAAGUAAUGAAAAUCAAUCCAAAGUAAGUAAAAUGAGUAAAUUUUAAAUUGAUAAAUAUACAGUGUGACAUUCUAUAUUCAUAGACACAAAAAAAAGUUCGUCUAAGUAGAUUAAGAUUAUUUCAAUAGAU